UCAAAAUAUGAAUACCGGCUCAAUGGGAAGCGCAAAAAAGUUGCAGCCAACAUCUAAAUGCAAAAGGCUUCUUAAAAUCAUCGGUGAUUACAUAACACAAUUUUUAAGUCAUACAACCUUACAAGGCCUAAUCUAUGUUAGCCACGCACAUCUGUCUUUAUGGGAGAGAGCUUACUUUCUCAUUUGUUUUGGUAUUGUGAUAAGUGUGGCUAUAAAUUUUGCCACAAAUGUUUUUAUAAAUUGGGAAAGCAUGCCCGUCAUAAUCGCUCAAGAGGCUACUUAUACCUCGGUGUACAACACUCCUUUCCCAGCCAUCACAGUCUGUAAUAUGAACCAGGCAUUGCGCAGCAAAACCGAACACUUUCCAACCCAUUCACUCGAAUAUGCCAUGACUCAAAAAAUUUGCUUUCAAAAAGUUAACUUUAGUCAAUUCGAUGACCUGAAGCCAGCCUCAAAGCAUGACACCAUCACUAAUUUCAUUGCGCGCAGUGGACAGACGUGUGACAAUAUGGUUGUUUAUUGCCGUUAUGGCAGAAACCGGGUUCGCUGUAGUGACUACUUCAGGGAAGUGAUUUCGGAUGAGGGCAUUUGUUGCGCCUUCAACAUUUUACAUCCAUCGUAUUUGUAUAAAGGAAAAUACCAAUUUGUACGUGAUUUCACAUCAUCCAUUGGCACCAUACCAGUUGACUGGAAUUUGGAAAAUGGUUAUGCUGAUAAUUUGCCGUUGUACUACUAUCCUCGUAAAACCGUAGGCGCUGGUGUUUCCUUGGGCUUCACUUUAGUGCUUAAUGCUAAUAUAAGUGAAUAUAUUUGUUCUUCAACUUUUAGUACUGGCCUGAAGAUAGUCACGCACAAUCCCAUUGAUGCGCCUCACGUUAAAGAAACCGGCUUGACUAUCCAACUGGGCCACCAAUAUCGUCUUCGUUUUAACGUUGCCAGUUCAAAGGCUUUACCUUCGACACGGAGUAUUUCGCCUAAACGCCGACAGUGCCUGUUCAACAACGAACUAAAAUUGCAUUAUUUUCGUUAUUACACUCGACGCAAUUGUGAGAGGGAAUGUGAUGCCAUGUACUUUCUACGCCGCUGUCAAUGCAUUCCAUAUUACAUGCCGCUCAUCUAUCCGAAUGCGAGUGUGUGUCAUGUGAAGGACUUCAACUGUGAAAUUAUGGUCGAAGCAGAGACCAACAAUACUGAACAUUUGGCUUGUAAACGUGAAUGCCUACCGGGCUGCUUCGAUUUGACAUAUUUCCCAACAGUUUAUCGAGCACCGCUGGUGAAUAAUAGCGAUGUGUAUAAAAAUGGGUUCUUUACGAAUUUCACACAGCAACAGAUACAUGACAAUCUCGCCUUGGUGCAAGUAUAUUUCAAAGAUGAUUUCUUUAAGGCUAUGGUUAGAUCGCCAUAUACCAGUUUUACGGACUAUCUCUCACAAACUGGUGGCAUUAUGAGCCUGAUGGUGGGCUUCGGAGUAAUGUCAGUUGCUGAGUUCUGCUAUUUUUUUCUGAUUCGACCGAUAUUCGAUUUGGUAUUGAAACGUCUGCCUGGUACUAGACGAGUACGACGAGUUGUGAGUGGAACUGCACUGUUGUUGGGUAGACAGCAAGAUUUUCGUGCCCGGAUACCGUUGGCUACAGGUCGUAAGCCCCUAAGAUAUUUCAAUAAAUCUACCAGUCCAACGUUGUAUAAUGGUUUAAUAAAUAAGUUAUACAUUCAAAAUAAUCAGGAUUUAAAUACCGAGUUAAAGGAAAAAGGUUUAUUUCCAUAUACGGAGUAAGCUGAAAAGAAAAACUGUAAUUUCUUAUGUAUGUGAUGUGUUACAUAUUUUGCAAAAAAAGAUAAACUUUCAUUAACAAAAUUCUAAAAAUAUGUGAAGUUGCUUACACAUAUAUCUAAAUGCCGAGGUCAAAUGAAUGUUAAGAUACUGGAUUGUCCACAGGAAGUAAUGCAACGAUUCGCCCAUUUCUGUUCAUGUUUUUUUGUCUGCAUUGAAGCUAUGGGCAACUAAGCAAUUCGGUAAGAGAUAUAGUAGGCUUUACAACAGGAUUCUGCACCAAUACACCCCAACUGGCAAUAGCUGACACACAAUAUUCCACCUUCGAAUGCAAACACCUCGACCGUUCGACUUCUCAGUAAUAUACUUAUAGGCUGCCUAAUGGCUGCGUGACCGCCGUAACAAGGAGACUAUUUGUCCAAUUCGAUUCUAACAACUGCAUUCUUGGACUUAUAAUAUUAUAUUU